AUGGACUAUCCACAUCGUUACUCGAUUCGAACCCAUUGGGAAGCCUACGAGCCGAUGUUAGUGGCUGAAGCGCUAUUCGCAGUUGGAAAUGUCUUCAGCUUUGCUCGCAUCAUCUAUCUGUUCCAAACCAACCCGUACCUCGGACCUCUACAGAUUUCGCUCGGAUGUAUGUUGGUGGAUGUCGCCAAAUUUUGUUUUAUCUUCGUCCUCAUUAUCAGCAGUUUUAGUAUCGGUUUAGCUCAACUUUACUGGAUCGCCGAUUCGUACCUCACCCUAUUGUGGUCAUUGUUUUCAAUCACCAAAACGGAAGAUACAGAUGUCGCCGAGAAUCAUCAUCUGACCCAGUCGGUCGGUCGGGCAAUGUUCAUCAUGUACCACUGCACUUCCAUUAUCGUAUUGUUGAACAUGCUCAUCGCCAUGAUGAGUCACUCAUUUCAAAUAAUCAACGUUAGUGAUUUCUUCUUAAUCGAUUUUCUAUAUUGA